AUGCGCUUCGAAGCCGGUCUCACACCACCACCCACGGCAGAGAUUGCAGAGAUCGGGCUAAAGUCGAGCGUAUACUGCGUCGUUGCUAGGGACACGAGCACAGCGAGCAAGGAAGCCAUCGGAAUGGCCCGCGUCGUAGGAGACAUUACCAUGAGCCUGUUGAUCGUCGACGUGUGCGUCUUGCCAACGCACCAACACAAAGGCAUAGGUCAUCGCAUCUUUCAACAUCUGCUCGCCUGGGUCGAUGCCAACUCGCCAUCCGCUUUUCUCUCUCUCAGCGCGGAUCCUCCUGGAAUGAAGCUCUACGAGAGGAAUGGUUUCAAAGUCACUCCCAACGAGACCGGCAUGCAGAGGCUGGGGCAGGAUAUAGAGAAUAGGCGCCGCUUUGCGAGGGAGCAGAGGGCAAAAGGCAGAGAAGGAGAAGGAGAAUGA